CAUUUUAAAGUAGACAUGAAGAGAUUCAGUUCCUUUAUUUUGAAAAGCGGAGGCGGAAGCAGUGCGUCAUGCAGUCGGCAGCUUGACGUCACUAGUAUAUUAGGUCAGACAGCAGCUCGUGCUGGUCAGACGCAGAGAUGGCGGGAAGAGACCGAGUCGUUCACCUGCUCAGACAGCUCGAGCACGCAGCGUGCAGAUGUCCCGCCCACUCCAACACCUUCCACCGAGAUGGCGAGUUCCAACAUCAGAUAUGGAGAAGGAGUCACCAGGGAGAUCGGCAUGGACCUGCAGAACCUCGGAGCUCGGAACGUCUGUCUGAUGACGGACAGGAACUUGUCCCGCCUCCCCCCGGUGAAGGCCGUCCUGGAGUCUCUGGCCCAGAACGGAGUCAAGUACAAAGUCUACGACAACGUCCGGGUGGAGCCCACCGACACCAGCUUUAAGGACGCCAUCUCGUUCGCUAAGAAGGAGUCCUUCGACGUGUUCGUGGCGGUGGGCGGCGGCUCCGUGAUCGACACGUGCAAAGCAGCCAAUCUGUACUCGUGUCACCCCGACGCCGACUUCCUGGACUUCGUCAACGCUCCGAUCGGUAAAGGGAAGCCGAUCACCGGAGCUCUGAAGCCGCUCAUUGCAGUUCCUACGACGGCGGGCACCGGCAGCGAGACCACCGGAGUCGCCAUUUUUGACUACGAGCCUUUGAAGGCCAAAACAGGUAUCGCCAGCAGAGCCAUCAGACCGACGCUGGGCAUCGUGGACCCAACGCACACACUGAGCAUGCCCAAGAGGGUCGCCGCCAACAGCGGCUUCGACGUCCUCUGUCAUGCUCUGGAGUCGUACACCGCUCUGCCCUACAACCAGAGGAGCCCCUGCCCCCCCAACCCCAUCAACCGCCCCGCCUACCAGGGCAGCAACCCCAUCAGCGACGUCUGGUCCCGCCACGCCCUCAACGUGGUCGCCAAGUUCAUGAAACGCUCGGUGCGGGACCCCGAGGACCUGGAGGCCCGGUCCAGCAUGCACCUGGCCAGCGUGUUCGCCGGCAUCGGCUUCGGGAACGCCGGAGUUCAUCUGUGUCACGGGAUGUCGUAUCCGAUCGCCGGUAACGUGAAGACUCACUCGGCGAAGGGUUACAGCGUGGAGCACCCUCUGGUGCCUCACGGUCUCUCAGUGGUCCUCACGUCUCCGGCCGUCUUCAGCUUCACAGCCCCGAUGUGUCCAGAGCGCCACCUGGAGGCCGCAGAGAUCCUCGGUGCAGACGUCCGGCAGGUGAAGCGGGAGGACGCGGGCGCCGUCCUGGCCGACACGCUGCGCCAGUUCCUGUUUGACCUGCAGGUGGAGGACGGACUGGGAGCUGUGGGCUACAGUAACGAGGACAUCCCAGCUCUGGUGACAGGAACCAUCCCUCAGGAGCGAGUGACCAAACUGUCCCCCAGAGGACACACCGAGGACGACCUGAGCCGGCUGUUUGAAGCCUCCAUGAAGCUCUACUGAGACUUCCUGUCCUUGUGAGGACCAGACACACUCCGUUCAGCUCUGACCUCAGGUCUGACCUCUGACCUCAGGUUUGACCUCAGCUCUGACCUCUAACCUCAGCUCUGACCUCUGACCUCAGCUCUGACCUCUGACCUCAGCUCUGACUUCAGGUCUGACCUCACCUCUGACUUCAGGUCUGACCUCUGACCUCAGACUUCAGGUCUGACCUCUGACCUCAGCUCUGACCUCUGACCUCAGCUCUGACCUCUGACCUCAGACUUCAGGUCUGACCUCAGCUCUGACCUCAGGUCUGACCUCUGACCUCACGUCUGACCUGUGCUCUGACCUCUGGUCUAACUUCAGGUCUGACCUCUGCCUUGACUUCAGGUCUGACCUCUGACCUCAGCUCUGACCUCUGACCUCAGGUCUGCUCUGUGUUGAGCUGCCGCUCCUCUAACAGCCACUAGAUGCUGCUGUAGCCGUUGACCUCAGAUCUGACCUCUGGUCUGACCGCUGACCUCAGAUCUGACCUCUGACCUCAGCUCUGACUUCAGGUCUGACCUCUGACCUCAGCUCUGACUUCAGGUCUGACCUCUGACCUCAGACUUCAGGUCUGACCUCUGACCUCAGCUCUGACUUCAGCUCUGACCUCUGACCUCAGCUCUGACCUUUGACCUCAGGUCUGACGUGUGCUCUGACCUCUGGUCUAACUUCAGGUCUGACCUCUGCCUUGACUUCAGGUCUGACCUCUGACCUCAGGUCUGCUCUGUGUUGAGCUGCAGCUCCUCUAACAGCCACUAGAUGCUGCUGUAGCCGCUGACCUCAGAUCUGACCUCUGACCUCUGGUCUGACCGCUGACCUCAGAUUUGACCUCAGAUUUGACCUCUGACCUCUGGUUUGACCGCUGACCUCAGAUCUGACCUCUGAUCAUUUUUAUCAACUAUUGAUUUUAUGUUUACUCACAAAUCUAAAAUAAAAUCCAUGUUUACACGUCAA